AAAACCGUGGCAGUUUUAUUCAAGUUUGAGCGCUCGAAUCUGCAACAACGUGCACGCAAAACUCUUAAAAUUCCCCCAAAAUCAAAAUCUUAAGGCGAGCGAAAAACUCAAGGAAAAAACGAUAAACGUGUCGCAGUUUCUUGGAAAAUAUAUAAUAUUUUUGGCAACGUCGUGUUUUGUGCAUGUGUGUGUGGAGCGGCAAACCGAAUAACAAAACAAUCCAACAAUUAUUAAAACUCUGUUCUGAUAAUGUGAAAAAGUUUCAACAAAUUAAAAACUUUUACUAACUCUUAAUUAAGAGUUAAACCAAAAACAUAAAAAACUGAUUGCAAAUCAAGUGUCCAGGCAAUUUAAUUAGGCCACCUUGCACUUUUGAUACUGUGCCCCAUCUGCGGCAUAUUCACUAUUUUGUGGCAACCUGGUGAUCCGUAGGCCUUAAACUGGCGCUCAAGGUCAGGAAGCAUCUAUCCUUCUAUUCGCCGACGCUGCUGAGCGCCGCCUUCACCAGUUUGAACGGUGUGUACAACAACAACCACAGCGGCAGCGGCAGCGAUCCCGCUCCGGACGAGGAGUCCGAUCACCAGCCAUCAAACCAGGAGCACCACCAGGAGCAGCACCACCACAACCAACAGCAGUACCACCACCACCAUUCCAGGCUGAGCCACCAGCAGAGGAGUCGGGAGUCGAGGGAUCGGGAGGCGCAGCUGCGGCAGCGGGAGGAGCAGGAGGAGGAGCAGCUCGAGCGGGAGAUGGGCGGCCCCACGGCGCCGGUGGCCAGCAGCGGCGAGGUGGGUCAAACGUACUGCCUGCGCUGGAACAACCACCAGACGAAUCUGGUCCAGAUCCUGCACGCCCUCCACGAGGUGGGCAGCUAUGUGGACUGCAGUCUGGUGGUGGAUGAUGAGCAGUUCCAGGCACAUCGCGUUGUCCUGGCAGCCAAUUCGCCAUAUUUCCAGCACAUCCUCAAGGAUGUGCCGCAGGACCACUGCAGCAUUAUAUUGCCGGGUGUGAAGGGAUUCGAGAUUGCCGCCUUGCUGCAGUACAUGUACACCGGUGAGACGACGGUCACCAAGAGCCAGGAGCCGGAGAUCCUGCGCACCGCCAAGGAGCUGCAGGUGAAGGGUCUGUACGACAAUCUCAUGAAGUUCAACCAUGCCAGUGCCACGCCCACAUCAUCCAGCUCAUCGGCUGGGCAGGGGAAGCCCCAGAAUGGGUCCUCAUCCAAUCACUCCUCGUCCGUGAUCUCCACAUCCACACACAUCUCGCCCAGCGCCGCCAUCUCGAGCAGCUGUUCGCCACCACCACCACCCCAAUUUGGCUAUCAGCCCGGUUUCGGUCACUAUCCGCAGCAGCAGCAGCAGCCGCAUCUGCCGGGCGGUCCAAUGCCAGCCGGAGAUGCUCCACUGACCCCCACCCAGGCCACGCCGCAUUCGGGGGCGCCGGGAGCGGGUGAAUCCGGUGGCCAGUGGCCACUCACACCGUCCGCCGCCGCCGCCAUGCUGAACUCCGUCUACGAAUCCGCCGCCGACAUGAAUCCCCUCAAGCGCAAGAAGCUGUCGGCCAUCUCGAGCAUGCUGCUCAGUGGCAACCGCGACACGCCCAUCCUGCGCAACGUCCUCGCCCAGGCCAAUCCCGCUGACUCCUCGCAACCCGGACCCACGAUGAUCACCAACGGCGAGAAGACGCCCACGCAUCCCCACCAGAGCAGCCAACUUCCAGCCGGAUUGGGAGUGAGUGGUGGUGGUGGAAGCGUCGGCGGUGAGCGCAAUCACAGCUUCAAUGGUUCCGACUACGGCGGCGACAAGGAACCGCUGUCCCCCUACACGGACCGCUCGUUCGAGGAGGAGACCGGCCAGUCGGGCGGCAAGAAGCCGGAGUGGAAGCGCUACAAGCAGUACACGCGGGCAGACAUGAUGUGCGCCAUCCAGGCGGUGCGCGAAGGGAUGAGCGCCCUCCAGGCGAGCCGCAAGUACGGUCUGCCCAGUCGCACCCUCUACGACAAGGUGCGCAAGCUGAACAUCACCACGGGUCGCGGCACCCAUCGCACCCCGAAGCGCAGUCCACCGGGUGCGGAAUCCUCUCAGGGAUUCCCCUACUCCGCGGCUGCUGCAGCUGCGGCUCAUAACUACGGCGGGCAUGGACACGGGCAUGGCCACCACUCGGAGGUGAAGCGGGAUGGGAAGACGGACCAUGUGCCCGCCCAUCACGGGAUGCCGCCCACCAUUCCGCCCUCGGCGGCAGCGCUCCUCGAUCACGCCUUCCUGCAGCAGGCGCUGGAGAACCGAGGCGGCGACAUGGCCGGACGCGAGGCGCUCCAUGCCAUGGCUCUGGCCGCCGCCGCCCAUGCCGCGGCCAAUCGGCUGUCGGCCAGUCCGGCGGAGACGGAUCAGCGCUCCAAUGGCCACGGGAUGCGUUCGCCGAGUCCGCAGGGUCGUCACUAUUCGCACGACCAGGAGGCCAUGGACUUGGAGAUGGAGAAGCACGAGCAGCGGAUGAUCAAGCGGGAGCGCGACCAGGACGAACGGGAGGAUGCGGACGACGAGGAGGAUCAGGAGCAGGAGCACGUCGAAGAUCUGUCGCUGGCGCGGAAGGAGCGACCCCACUCGCCCUACUCCCCGCAGCCAGGAGGAGGAGAUUCCGCCGGCGGGGUGAUCAUGCACGCCAGUAGUGCACCACCACCCAAUGGCAAGGACCAUGAGGAGUAUCCGGGAUCUCCUCCAUUCGUGCCCAUGGGAUUGAAGCGAGAGCUGCUGGAGAGCGAGGAGGCGCAGGCUCGGGCCGACUGAUUGACGCUCACCAUGGCCUGGCAGUAUGCCACGGACAGCCUCGAUUCCUUGGCUUAGAUAGUUAGCAACUCCUACUCCUCCAAUCCAAUCCAAUCCCCUGUUGAACCUUGUGAAUCCUUGUGUUACUCUCCUCGGGAUCGGCUACUCAGAAGCCGACCAAUAUUGGUGAAGCUUUAAAUGAAGAAACAUUGUCCCAGUCGUUGUGGGAAUCAUCCGCAUCCGCACCAGCACCUGGCACCCAGCCACCACCCAUCGAAAAUCAAACCCACACACUAAAAUAUAUAUAGCAUAUAUAUAGAAAUUGUUGUCAGCAUCACUUUGUGCCUAAAGAAAAUGAAAAACAGAAAUGUUAGGAUAUAGAAACAUAGGCUAGGGAUUAGGUUAGUGUAGAUUUCGUAGGCACUCGUAGGCCAUCUUUGGAAACCAGCUAGUUGUAGGCCUUAAAACCAGCUCAGCCAUCUUAGAUUUGGAUCCCUGCCCACUGACAAGCAAAAAUAACCAAGAUAUAUGUAUGUAUGUUAAUCCGCCUACAUGAGACUGAAGCCGGGAUCCGAUCGAGAUGGAUGGAAAUGGAGUUUUAGGACAGAGCAGAAGAGGCUCCCAUUGGAAUAGCUACACGUUGUACAACCUUGUUAAAUGCCAGUGAUUUGUUUUAAAAAUUAUUAGCACUAGAUUAUUUAUAACGACCAGUAUGUGGAACGCAUGUACGUGGCCUUAACUUUAUGAUUUUCGACUUGAGAAGAGAAAAGCAGAGAGAAGGAGAACGGAAAAUCCCCACUUGAAACAGAAACUACCUCAAACAGCGUAUCUUUGUUGGCCUCAUGUUAUCCUGUUAGCGAGAUAUAGUAAUCGUCCUGGGUUGAAUUUAUAAGACUGACACCGACUCAAAACGUACCACGAGCAAGAGCACACGCAUUAAACUAAAUUACAAAUUAAACUUAAUUACGAAUCGAGAUCCUUAGUUAAAUAGCUGUAAGUUCCACGCAAAUUGAUUAGUUUUAAGCCACCGACUAAACUUAAGCACCGCAACUAAACUGUAAGGCAAACAAAACAAAAACAAAACAAAACGAAAAAACGAAUGAAAACAUGCGCUGGGGGCAAUGCAAUAGGCUCUUUAAUUAUAAACACCUACACUUAUACAACUAUAUAGUCGUACGGUCGAUAAUGUUAAAUUGUUAUACGAGUAACUCUGUACAUAGCAUCAUAGUCCACACAUACCACAUGCGAAUUAUAAAACUAGUUUUAAGUAAUCCGAAUUGUACUGCAAUUUAAAUUAUCCCUAACACCCGACUUUCAUUAUGUAAAGAACGCGAAAUAAACUGACUGAAGAAUCAAAUACAAAA